CUUUUUACCCCCCUUUAUGUGUUUUUCCCUAUCUUUUUGUGCUCUAUUUAUCAUAAAGUUACGAUCUUUGUAAGGUUCUGAUGUAAUUGGUAUGUGUUCAAUUUACCCUUGAAGAGGGGAUGUGGAUUGAAAUGUUUAAUUAGAUUAGUAUUAGUGCAAUUAAUGACAUUAAUGGAAUACUAUUCCUCUACUACAGUUUUUCCAAAUAAAUUAUAAAGUCAUAUUUAUCUUUUUAAAUAGUAAUAAGCCUUGGUGUGUAGAGUUAUAUGAUAUCUAUGUAGAUUAAAAAAGGAAAACUUAUUGCAACUACGGACGUGAACAGAUGCUUUCUCAUUAGACUAUUUUAACCGAUUGUUUAUGUCGAGCCUACGCUACGAUUCUUCUUCUCUUAUGAAAUUUCUAGUUAGAUGAACACAACUCUGCUGCAUGACGGAGUGAUCUUUCCCUCUUAUGAAAGCCGGUAUCUCACUUUCGAAAGAGAGUCUCGAUGUGGCGGUGUAGACCUAGCUCCAUAGCUGGGCUAGUCAGCAACUACCAUGUGAGAUAGUCGAGCACGGGGCAUUUAUAGUAUCCAUUCGUCCCCGGAUUGUGUGGUGGAAGUGCAUUCCUCGGAGCAGGAAGUAAUAAUUGCUUUGGGAAGUAAUGUGGGUAACAGACUUCAGAAUUUUGAUGAAGCAUUGCACCUAAUGAAGAAAUCAGGUAUACAAAUUACCAGGCAUGCUUGCUUAUACGAGACAGCGCCUGCUUAUGUAACUGAUCAGCCUCGGUUUCUAAAUUCUGCUGUUAGAGGUAUCACGAAACUAGGGCCUCACGAGUUGUUGGGAGUGCUCAAGAAGAUCGAGAAGGACAUGGGUCGUACAACUGGAGUAAGAUAUGGUCCUAGACCUAUCGACUUGGAUAUUCUGUUUUAUGGGAAGCUCAAGAUUCAUUCCGAGAUACUUGAUGUUCCACAUGAAAGAAUCUGGGAGAGACCAUUUGUUGUCGCACCUUUGAUUGAUCUACUCGGUUCAGACAUAGAUAGCGAUACAGUUGCAAGUUGGCAUUCGUUUUCGAAACAUUCAAGUGAUCUUUUCGAGUUGUGGGAGAAACUAGGAGGUGAAUCUCUUGUAGGGAGAAAUGGGAUGAAAAGGGUAUUGCCAGUUGGAAACAAUCUAUGGGACUGGUCUUCGAAAACCUCUGUUAUGGGUAUUCUGAAUUUGACUCCGGACAGUUUUAGUGAUGGCGGGAAGUAUCUAUCCGUCGAAGCAGCAGUUUCCCAAGUUCGGUUAAUGCUCUCAGAGGGUGCAGAUAUAAUUGAUUUUGGUGCACAAUCUACACGUCCAAACGCUUUAAAGAUAACUGUUGAAGAAGAAUUAGAUAGACUAAUUCCUGUUAUAGAGGCCGUUAACAAGAUGCCCGAGGUUGAGGGGAAGCUUUUAUCUGUGGAUACCUUCUAUUCAGACGUUGCUUCAGAAGCAGUCAAGAAUGGGGUUCAUCUUGUAAACGAUGUAUCUGGUGGACGGUUGGAUUCCAAUAUGCACAGUGUCGUUGCAGCUCUUCGAGUACCCUUUAUAGCAAUGCAUAUGAGAGGUGAUCCGUCUUCAAUGCAAAAUCCCGAGAACUUGCAGUACAACGAUGUUUGUAAGGAUGUGGCGUUUGAACUUUAUGAGAGGCUCGAGGAAGCAGAGUUAGCCGGUAUUCCUGCUUGGAGGCUAAUACUUGACCCAGGAAUCGGAUUCUCCAAAAAUACUGAACAUAAUUUGGAUAUUCUAACGGGUUUGACAACAAUUCGAAGUGAGAUUGCAAGGAGGAGCUUGGCGUUGUCUCGUGCACCUUUCUUGAUUGGACCGUCUAGAAAGAGAUUCCUAGGGGAAGUCUGUGCUCGCCCUGCUGCAGAAGAACGAGAUCCAGCAACUGUUGCUGCUGUAACUACAGGGGUUCUGAAUGGUGCCAAUAUUGUAAGAGUACAUAAUGUUCGAUAUAAUGCAGACGCCCUUAGGCUGUGUGAUGCGUUAUUGGAAAGGAAACUGUAUGCUUAGAUAAAACAGUUAACACGAGCUAUGUUUUGUUUUUGCCUCAUUCUUUUCUCAUUGUAAAACAUAUAUCAGUCUGAGAUUUGUGUUUUUGCAAAAGAACUCAAAGCUGAAAUGAUAUAACCAGAAAGAGCAAAGUUUUGUGAGUAAACAUUUUACUUGCAAGAUAACUAGUUCCUUGAU